GUUAUAUUCUUUUGCUGAAGUAGUCUUGUGUCGAUCUAUGUUGAUAUGUGUCUCAUGAACGGCGGCUUUCCUCUAAUCUUUGUGUUGGUUUUGACGUUAAAAGUUGAAGGGGCGCCACUCGUGCAAAAUACAGAUAGUACCCAUGACUCGGUGCGGUUUCUGGUUUUAGCAGACUGGGGUGGUAGGCCUCGCUAUCCUUACAAAACCAAAGUUCAAAUCGACGUAGCACAACAACUUGCAAUCACGGCGGAGAGAGAAAAUGCGAGUUUUGUACUUUCACUUGGUGACAACUUUUAUAUGAACGGUGUGAGAAAUAUGCUCAGCAGUAGGUUUCAGACAACAUUUGAAGACGUAUUUUACCAGGAAUCAUUGCAUAUUCCGUGGUACUUCAUCGCCGGAAAUCAUGAUCACUACGGCAGAGUUUUAGCACAAAUUCAAUACUCAAGUGUUUCACACAGAUGGAACUUUCCAGAUUUCUAUUACAAGAUAACAAAGACAUUACCUAAAGAUAAGGUACUGGAUAUUUUGCUAAUUGACACGGUCAUGCUGUGUGGCCAGACGCAUGCUACUCCUAAAGGGAAACGUGUGUUUGGUCCUGAAGAUAUACAUGCUGCAGAGGUUCAGUGGAACUGGAUAGAACAAAAUCUUAAAGAUUCUACGGCUGACUAUCUUCUUGUGGGUGGACACUAUCCGGUCUACUCAAUAGGGAUGAACGGACCAACUGAAUGCCUCUAUACGAGGCUCGAACCUAUACUGUACAAACAUCGUGCAACGGCGUAUCUGUCCGGGCACGACCACAAUUUACAGCAUAUUCAAACGCACAAAGAUGGGAAGAACAUGGACUAUUUUAUCAGCGGGAACGGGGCCUGGUCAAAGGUCCUACAGACAAAUCUUGAUGCUGUGCCAGAAAAAUCACUGAGGUUCUUUUCAGCUGAGAAAGGUGUAGGGGGAUUUGCAAUGUUUGAUGUGUCCGAAACAAGAAUGAAAAUCAAGUUUAUAGACAGUAAUGGUGUAACACGCUACGAACAUGAAAUAAAGCCACGAAAAUUAGAAUGAAUCUGAAUAUGGGAAGAGGGUAGAUCAUAAGAGCCGCGCCAUGAGAAAACCAACAUAGUGGGUUUGCGACCAGCAUGGAUCCAGACCAGCCUGCGCAUCCGCGCGGUCUGUUCAGGAUCCAUGUUGUUCGCUUUCAAAGCCUAUAGCAAUUAGAGAAACCGUUAGCGAAUAGCAUGGAUCCUGACCAGACUGCGCGGAUGCGCAGGCUGGUCUGGAUCCAUGCUGGCCGCAAAGCCACUAUGUUGAUUUUCUCAUGGCACGGCUCAAAUUUAAUUUAUUAUUAAUAAAAAGCCACUGAAAACGCAUUUGAAGAAUGUACAUUAUGAUAACGUGACAUCAAGUCUUCAACAAAAACUGAUUGGUCAAUUUUCUCUUUUGAUUUUGCUACUUUAUGUUAAAUUUUAGUGGAGAAAUGUGCCAAAGUUCUGCAAUGUCAAUAUGAUUACUAUAUAAAGAGAUAUCGGGAUAGUUCGUAACUGAAGAAAUAACUAAUUUCUGAAAAGUUAGUAAAAUCGCAGUGACCUUUAAUUCUAAACUGAGGAAAAAGUCUAAAUUCUGGAAAGUACAUAAAUAUUACAUUGGACUUUAGUUUUUAACUGAGAAAACGAGUUAAUUUCUGGAAAGAAAACACAUAAUACAUAAAAGGUAUUUGUCCCACAGUCAUCAAACCUCACAGGAUUGACAUUCAGCAUGUGAAAUCAUGUACCACGUGUUUCACUUGGUAUUUCACAUA